AUGCCACGCGACGUCGUUGAUCCCCUCAGCCACGCCUGUAGCCUAAACGCCCUGUCCGCCAUAUCGAGUGUCACGUGCCAAUUGUCCACGGCAGAAUUGAGCAUGCCGUUGACAAAGAGGCUUUUGAUGAAGCGCGCGGGCGCCGCAGAGUGGCAGCCGGGCGAGAGGGUGAGCAUGGUCCAGUUGUAUAUGCCCAGUAUCGAUACCCUCGACGCCAGCGGGAUGCGCCACGACAGUCCCCAGAUCUGCAUCAACUCGCUCGGGCCACACACCAUACUCACGGGAGACCGGCUCAGAAUGGCGCGGCAGUACACCGUGGCGAUCAUGCGCACCAUGCGGUACACCGGAUCUGGAACGUCGGCCGGGGGUGAGUUCCGCUCCAUGACCACUGUGCUGGCCGGGCUUGAAUCUUGUUUCUUGGUGCUUCCGGGAGGCGACUGGGAGGAUUCGCCCUCGUUUCUUCCAGAUGGAGAUCCAGUGUUUGACGAGCCCCCGGCCACAGAAGAAGGCGCCCUGAUUGAUUCGUACAGAGGCACACUCUCUGGUAACUGUCUUAUCGCAUCUAAUAUGCCCGAUACAAAGGCCAUCACCUGCUGGAUCUGUCCUCCCGUUGCGUCGAGGGGUAGCGAGAGCACGGCGUCAAACAUGCUUCUCGCAUUGUCCAGGAUCAUGGCCGUGUAA